UUCGGUUUAUUUGUUGAACUUCGACUGUCAACCCUCGCUCUUAUUCGCAUGAUGACGAAUUGAAGCCGACCGAUUUAUACGAGAUGGAAACUCUUUACACGGGGGUUGUGCACGGCUUCCCUCAGGCGAAGGGGCUGGCGGGCGGAGGCAUUUCCGGGGGGAUUGGGGGCGCCCUGGACCAAGACGGCGCCCUCAGCCUGAUCGUGGUUUUGGGAGGAAGUCUCUCCCUUGUGGCAUUGGUCUUCGCCUUUAUCACUUACAGUUUAUUCUCAGAUCUUCGAAGCCUCGCCGGUACGACGCUGAUGAAUUUGUUAGCAGCUCUCUUCAUGGUUCAGCUCUUGUUCAUCAUCGGAGUCGGUGGAGUUCAGGACGCCGAGCUGUGCAUCUCCCUGGGCCUGAGCUUGCAGUAUAUAAGAGUCUGCGUGGUUUGUUGGCUCGCGGCAAUGUGCCACCACCUUUACGCGACCGUGGCUUCAAUACCCUCCCGAGACGAGCCCCCGGCCUACAUAAAGUACAGCAUUUUCGCCUGGGGAACCCCCCUUCUGAGUCUAGGGGGCGCCACGAUGAUACAGAGUCAAGAGUCUGGCGACCUUUGGAACGUAACCAACUUGACGCCGUUCAACUGCUGGUUUCUAGGGAAAAAAGCAACGAUCUACACUUACGGUUUACCAGUUAUUUUUCUUCUUCUACUCUCCGGAUUUUAUCUCGUCAAGGCGGCCAUUGUUGCAAGGUACACGUGCAGCAUGCAGCUGGAGAUAAAGCAGCGGGAGAAAAUGAAAAAGAGGCGAACUCUCCAGUUGGUUUUGUUCCUGAAGGUUUGCUUGACAGUUGGUUUGGUCGCUGGUUGCGGGGUUGUGGCGAGAAUUUGGGAAAUUCCAUUCCUGUGGGCUAUGUUCUGCACAGGGCACUCCUUGCAGGGAUUGGCCGUCGCUCUGUCAGUUGCCUGCAACUGCCGAGUUCUUAAGGUCUACUCGAGGCAAGCGCGCAAACAACCGAAACAGCAGAUCGCCAAGUCGUCGAGUAUGCAGCUUCUAGCUCCAGCGCCGGAUCCUGUGUAAAAAAUACGCAUUCGCAUUGUCGCACAAAAA